ACAACCAUCUUUGUGUUCGUCGUCGCCUGUCGGAGGUGCGGAACUCAACACGGCCGCGAAUCGUCGGGACAAUCUGCAAGCUCGGAGUCGAAUCACCGACGUGCGUUGGCUAAGCUCAUUCGGUUGAAUCGAAGAUGCCGGAGAGAGAUCCGGAUGGUGGACGUCUCGCGAGACGGGCCAUGAGAAAAGUUGCAGAAGUGAAAUUGAAAGCUCGACCGGAAUUGGCGGCAAAGACCGAAGACUCCGAGGACUAUUGGGAGAAACUAGGCUACGCCCAUAGAACCGAUCUUGUGGAUCCUCGAUUAGUCGUCGACAACUGUCCCAGGAUCCAUGUGAACGACUAUUCCACGCAAAGAUUCAUCGAAGACUUCGAGAAACCCUACAGGCCGGUAGUUGUUCGGGGCUGCACUGACAAUUGGAGGGCCCAGUACAAAUGGACCGAGAAACGGUUGGAUCGGAAAUACCGAAACCAGAAAUUCAAGUGCGGAGUUGACGACGACGGAUACAGCGUCAAAUUGAAGAUGAAGUACUUCGUGCACUACAUGAACAAAAAUCUAGACGAUAGUCCCCUAUAUAUAUUCGAUGGACAUUUCGGAGAACAUCGGCGCAAGAGAAAGCUCCUGGACGAUUACGAGGUUCCGAUCUACUUCCGUGACGAUCUGUUCCAGUUCGCGGGGAAAAGUCGUCCCCCCUAUCGAUGGUUCAUCAUGGGGACCGCCAGAUCCGGAACUGGCAUUCACAUCGAUCCGCUCGGAACUUCUGCUUGGAAUGCGCUGAUAAUGGGUCAUAAACGAUGGUGUCUCUUCCCGACGAAUACACCGAGAGAGCUCAUAAAAUUGAGGCCCGAAGAAGGUGGGAGACAGAACGACGAGGCCGUUGCUUGGUUCGAUAUAAUUUAUCCGAAAACCAAGAGACCCGAGUGGCCGGAAGAGUUCAAACCCCUGGAGAUAAUCCAAGGGCCCGGUGAAACGGUUUUCGUUCCCGGUGGCUGGUGGCACGUUGUGUUGAACCUGGAUACUACGAUCGCCGUCACGCAGAACUUCUGCUCUGUGACCAACUUCCCGAUAGUUUGGCACAAAACCGUGAGGGGUCGGCCAAAACUGAGCCAAAAAUGGCUCGCUCAAUUGCGCAUGCUCAAACCAGAGUUGGCGGAUCUCGCCGAAGGCAUCAAUGUCAACGAGGAUUGUGGGGUUGCCUCGGAUUCCUCUGGAGGAGACACUUCGUCGAGCAGUAGCGAGGACGAAGACGAAAGCUGUUGCUCGAGUUGCUCAUCCGAUUCUGGCAAAGAAUCUCUACUCGAAGUUAGGAGGUCCCUGAAGAAACGGAAGCGGAGCACUGACGAAGCCGAGUGUGUGAUAAAUAAGCGGACUGAGAUUCAGACGUGACGGUGGCAAUCGCUAUCAGGCCUGGGGCCACGGGCUGUCAGGGCUGCCUACAAUAAUAAUUCAGUUUCACUGAGCACGUAAGACGCGUAUGAUUUGUGGAGUGUGUCUGUUUCAUGACAGAGAGCCAGUGCGGAUUCUUCUUUCCGACCGGUCGCGCUAAUGCCGCCUAAAUGUAAAUGUUAAGUUGUGUAUAUUAUAUCAAAGUGCAAGAAGGAUGCAAGGAGAGAACGAGCGCCCGUACGUGAUUGCUGUUCGGAUGCAUGUUUCGAAGACUAUUGCGUGAAACCAAAUCAUACCAAGUGUGUGCGCGUUCCCCCGCAGUCGGGAGCGGUUUGCAGAGAUGUAUUUUUAAGCGAGGAAUAAAGUUAUUCC